CUUUUAAUAGCCAGACUGCUUGACCCAGCCGGAUGUGGUGCCCUACUAAAAUUUCGUCUCUCAGUGAAAUAUUUCUUCAUGGAUGAUCUUGCAUUUGUGGACGAUGACUUAAUCAAACAAAUUGACUGGGGCAACAUCUCGAACGAGAGUAUGCUCUCCCCAGUUGUUGUCGAUGGGCCUUUCUCCGAUCCCUCCCCUGAUUACAUGCUCGAGAUUCAGAACUUGUUGAUGGAUGACGACGACAACCCUGUUUCGGAAUCCCCCACCGAUUUUAGUACUAAAGAGUUCUGCGAUAAGUUUUUGGCCGACAUACUUGUCGACCAGGUCCAACAGGAUCCAAAACCCUCUGGUGAACCUGCAAUUGAUUCUCCUUUGGACCAGGACAACGACGCGCCUGUCGUCGAUGAUCCUGCUAUCAAAAAGCGUGCAAGGAAGAUAAGAAAUAGGGACGCUGCAGUAAGAUCCAGGGAAAGGAAAAAGCUAUAUGUGAAAAAUCUUGAGAUGAAAUCCAGGUAUCUUGAGGGAGAAUGCAGAAAACUGGGGUACUUACUUCAGUGCUGCUAUGCUGAGAACCAUGCCUUACGUCUUUAUUUACGAUCAAACACUGCGUUUGGUGCUUCUGUGGACAAGCUGGAGUCUGCCGUGCUCUUGUUGGAAUCCCUGCUGCUGGGUUCCCUGCUAUGGUUCAUGGGCAUCAUCUGCCAACGCAAUCUCCUCCUGGUCCCCUAUUUAAUUGCAGAGUCGGAAGUAAUGCCACUGGCAAUCAUGGAACAACAAGGCCUAAGAAGGGUGGCUUUUCAAGCAGUAAGGAAUAAUAUCUUGGCUUAUUUUGUGGUGCCGCUGUCGUUUGUAAGCAGCAGAAGAUCCCGAGCCUGGAGAACAAAGAUGAAAAUGAACUUGCUUGUGUUCUAAACUUUAUUUGUGAUUUUCUGUCUAUUCCUUAAUCGAACUCUGUUAAAUAUACCUUGGUAUUUUAAAAUGAUAGCUCAUAUAAUAUAAAUUAGAGCCA